GCCAACCCGGAAGGCGGAAGAGCCGGUUCGGACAGUUGGGGUUGGGGGCGCAGAGUGUGUUAACCAAUGACCUGAAGGACUGGGAGGGCGAGAUUAGGCCCGGAGUUGCUUAAUGCUACUCUGGUGGGGGGUGAUUUACGAAAUGGGGUGAAGAGUGGUUCAAUGGCCCUCCAAGUCACUGUUCUUCUGGCCCGCGGAAGUUAAGCAACGCAGAGGCGGGCCUGAGACCGGAAGCAGGAAGGAGUGCGCAGGAAGCAGGGCGCCGUAGCCAGUCGUGCCGCAGGUCCGUGGGUCUGUUGGUCCCGAGGGCAGGAUGGAAAAGCUGCGGCUCCUGGGCCUCCUCUACCAGGAGUACGUGACUCGUCACCCGGCCGCCACGGCCCAGCUGGAGACGGCAGUGCGGGGCCUCAGUUACCUGCUGGCAGGUCGUUUCGCCGAUUCGCACGAGCUGUCGGAGCUGGUGUACUCCGCCUCUAACCUGCUUGUGCUGCUCAAUGAUGGGAUCCUACGGAAGGAGCUUCGAAGAAAGUUACCUGUGUCCCUGUCCCAGCAAAAGCUGCUGACAUGGCUGAGCGUGCUGGAGUGCGUGGAGGUGUUCAUGGAGAUGGGGGCUGCCAAGGUGUGGGGCGAAGUGGGACGUUGGCUCGUCGUUGCCCUCAUCCAGCUGGCCAACCACCUCCCCCCGCCAGCCUCGCCGUACUCCCAACCCAGGGCUGUACUGCGGAUGUUCCUGCUGAUCUGGUUCAAGGCUGGCCUCCAGACCUCACCCCCCAUCGUUCCGCUGGACAGGGAGACCCAGGCACAGUCCCAGGAUGGUGACAGCAGCCCUGGCAGCCGGGAGCAGUCAUAUGUGGGGAAGCGGUCAAACCGAGUGGUGCGAACGCUCCAGAACACUCCGUCCCUGCACUCAAGGCACUGGGGAGCCCCCCAGCAGCGGGAGGGACGGCAGCAGCAGCAGCACGAGGAGCUGAGCGUCACCCCCACCCCGCUGGGGCUGCAGGAGACCAUCGCAGAGUCCUUGUAUAUUGCCCGGCCCCUGCUGCACUUGCUCAGCCUGGGCCUAUGGGGUCAGCGGUCGUGGACACCCUGGCUCCUGUCUGGUGUCGUGGAUGUAACCAGCCUGAGCCUCCUGAGCGAGAGGAAGGGCCUGACCCGGAGGGAGCGGCUGGAGCUGCGGCGCCGGACCAUCUUGCUGCUCUACUACCUGCUGCGCUCCCCGUUCUACGACCGCUUCUCCGAGGCCAAGAUCCUCUUUUUGCUCCAGCUGCUGGCAGACCAUGUCCCAGGCAUUGGCCUGAUCACAAUGAUGGAGACACAAGCCUGCACCUUGUCACUGAGCUGAGAAGCCACCGCUAGGACUGGGACCUGGGCUCCUCCCGCCACAGAAAGCUGGCGUUUCACCUCACCGAGCAUGGGAACCUGCCUGCCGCCGCAGCUGCGGGAGUGAACGCUGCUUCUCUCUCACCGGUCCCUACUGACGACAAACAAGGCUGAACCUAGACAGUGGAUGACAUCUGCCCCUGUGUCUUCCGCCCGGAGCCUCUGUCUGCCCCUCCCCCUGCCGGGGCCUGUUGCCUGCCAGCCGCUCCGUGGUGGAGCCCGGUGAUGGUGGGCCCGGCUCAGUGCAGAGCGGCACCUCAAGUCCUGAACCCCUGGUUGAGAGCAAAAGGCUGUUCUGCUGUGGGAAAGGAGCGUCAGGCACCAGCCAGCACUGGGGCUGACGCUGGGGCGGUGGUAAGGUUGGCAGGGAUGCGAGCCCGAGAGGCUCUGGGGAAAGCUGGGUGCAGGUUCACACGGUAUGAGCUGGGGUCUCCCCCAUGUUUUCCCCGGUGGCCGGGCCUGCAUGGAGCCAUGCACGCUGCUGGGGAUGGGAGAGGGGUUUGGAUGGUGCCGCUGCUCUUUCUGCCUGGUCUUCCCCCUUCCUCAGCCUUUGCUGCCUUUGUGCUGUGAGCAGACCACACGCUCCUGCUGGAGUUUCUAGCCAGACGGGCAGCCACUUAGGUUCUAAGAGGGCUCCAUCUGCAGUGUUGGCUCUGCCUCAGCUCCUCCCAGACACCCCGGGAGGGGCUGGCCCUUCCCUGACUGCUUUCCCCAAGUGCCUCUUGAGAAGCCCACUCAGGUCCUGGGCCCGGGGAUGAAGGUACUGAGCCUUCAGGUGGUCAUCGCUCGAGACCCAUGACCUUGGGUUGCCUAGCAAGCGUUGCUGGGCAUUUGCUGUGUAGUGGGCUCCUUGCCUUGUGAUGUGCGUUCAGAAAUGAGUCAGGCCCAGUUCCUUGCCCUCACUCUUGACAAUAGAGGAGACAGAUGUGUGGACACACCGGCGCCCUGGGUUGUUGCAGUAGGUGGAAGCGUGCAGGGAAAGUGGUCAGAUUGGAGCCGCGCAAGUGGGGCUGCCUGCCCCCUGGGACCAGCCAGAGGGUAUGCUGGUCAGGGAACCCUCCAUUUAAA